AUGUGUUCUAAAAAAAAACUACUAGGGUGUACUAUAUACCAUAAUAAAAGAUAACAACAUGACAUAAAUCUGAAAAUUUCCACACAGAAAUAAAGGCCUGGUACUAGAGCACAAAUGCAAUGUAGAACAGACAUGCUCACUCUCACACGCACACACACACACACACGCACAGAGAGCUGUGACUGCCAAAGAGCAUUUGUAUAGAAUUUGGCAAAUAAAAUCAGCCACAAAUGCAGAAUACAGAUAUGAAGGGGUGAGACCUAAUACACACACACACACAAACACACACACACACACACACACACAGUGUUCACUCUUCACUCCUGUUCAUUUCUCCAUAUGACUGUUGGUUUUAUUUACAUAUUUAAUUAAUUUCUAAAUUAUAAAGUUAAUUUUUUUAUUAAAUAAUAUGGAAUCUGACUCUAAAGGGUUUGGGAAGGUUUUUGGACGGUUUCGGUAUGUUUCGGAGGGUUUUACAGAUUCAGAGUGUUUUAGGGUUUCGGACAGUUUCGGAGGGAUUUGGAGGGUUUUAGUGUUCAUGAGGCUUCUAGAGGGUUUUGGAGUGUUUUAGGGUUUAGGAGGGCUCCGGAGAGUUCCGGAAGGAUUUGGAGGGUUUUAGUGUUCAUGAGGCUUCUGGAGGGUUUCGGAAUGUAUUAGGGUUUAGGAGGGCUUCGGAGGGUUUCGGAGGGAUUUGGAGGGUUUUAGUGUUCAUGAGGCUUCUGGAGGGUUUCAGAGUGUUUUAGGGUUUAGGAGGGCUUCGGAGGGUUCCAGACAGUUUUGGAGGGUUUUGGAGGGCUUCAGAGGUUUUUGGUGAGUUUUUGGAGGGUUUUAAUGAUUCGGAGGGUUUUUGCAGGGUUUCGGUGUGUUUUAGGGUUUUGGAGGGUUCCUGCGGAGGUUCUGAGGGUUUUGGAGGGUUUUAGUGUUCUGGAGGGUUUCGAAAGGUUUUAGGGUUUCUGAUUUUUGAAGGUUUUUCAAGGGUUUCGGAGGGUUUUGAGGUAUCAGAGGUUUUUUUUUUUUUUUUUUUUUUUUUAGAGUUUCGGAAGGUUUUGGAGGGUUUCAGUGGGUUUUGGAGGGUUUAACUGUUUCUGAGUUUUUAAGGUUUCAGAAGGUUUUUGAAGUGUUUCGAAGGGCUUUAGGGUUUUGGAGUAAUUUAGGUUUUUUUUAUGUUUGGGGGUUUUGGAGAGUUUGAGGGUUUAACGGUUUGAGGUUUUUAAGGUUUCAGAAGGUUUUAGGGUUUUGGAGUGUUUCAAAGGGUUUUAGGGUUUUGGGGGGGUUUCGAGGGUUUUAGGGUUUAGGAGGGUUUCGGAAGGUUUUUGAAGGGUUUUGUAGGGUUUUAGGGUUUCAGAGUUUUUUAGGGUUUUGGAAGGUUUUGAUACUGAUGUUGGGUUUGGAGUAGGGAUGCAACCGAACACCGAAAGUGCUUUUUUUUGCUAUUUUCGGCUGAAUAAGUGAAAAGGCCGAAUAAAUUUGACCGAACAAUGACGUGUUUGAUGACGCGACCAAAUAGCCUAGCAACCAGAGUGAGACGCUCGAACAUCACGACCUCUAUGAGGGGGUGCGCGCAUGCACAAGCUGUGGACACGUGCGUUUGUUUUGUUUCUGUUCCGGAGCAUGUUUCUGUCACGUUGCGAGACGUAAGGAAGCAGGUAAAGACUGUCGCGACGGACCGACCGCCAGCACUGUCCAGGCACCUGGAGGACCCUCCGGAGUUCACCUGUUCGUGAGACACCCGUGGAUGAACCCAUGCCCACGGAGCUGGAACUAGAACCCACCAAGAAGGUCCGAAAGCCGUGGUUGGCGGGGUGCACCCUCCAUUCGCCGCAGGGGAACCCGGUCACCGCCCUGUUGGACACCGGGAGCACCGUGACCCUCGCCCAACCGACGAUCCUGCCCAAAGAACUUGGACGGAGUGGGGCCAUCACCGUAACCUGCAUCCAUGGGGAUACCUAGCAAGUCCCUGCGGCCGAGGUCCAGAUCCAGAGUAAAGCUGGGGUCUGGCCCCCCAAGUUGGCGUUAUUCCCGAUCUCCCGGUGCCCCUGCUCCUCGGAAGAGACUGGCCAGGGUUCCCGACUGGCCCAGCGCUAGGAUCCGGCAAGAUACCUCAGCGCACGAGGGAGAGCCGAGACCGACAGGCCUACUUGGGACAGGACGACGGGGACGCCACCGCGGAAGACGACUCGGACCCAGACCAGGCCGCUGCUCGCUGAACACACACACGGCGUUGCCUGACAGCACGAGAAAGCCCUCACGCUUCCGGGAAGCUCCGACACGCCCCCCGGAAGAACUCUGCAACGCCAGCCGCAUGCAAACCCACACGCACCCACACACACACACACACACCUCCUCACCCCUAAAACGAAAAAACAAAGAAAAUAAAAGCAAACUUCCCUUAUCACCUGACAAACGGUCUUCUGUGUGUCUGUGCUCCGCCCCUCACAGGCUAUUUCCCUACAAGACGUAUUUAUUUAAGGGCAGGAAGACAAAUCCUAUAUCUACUAUAAUACUCCGUGAGGUGUACAGGGACACGAGCGAUAAAGUAGUCUGGAUUGUCGACCACAGCUACGUGAAGUGGGCUAAGAGGAGAGCUGAGGUCACAUGGGAACCAAACCUGGGUCUCAAGAACACAAAGGUACAAUGGCUUGGAAAGGGAGGCAUGAGAUGGAGCCAGCUUCUAGAUGCCUUCUUCUCAACAGGAGCGAGACCAGAUGUCCUCAUACUGCAUGCUGGGGGAAAUGACCUGGGCCUGCUGCGGAUUGUGGAUCUUCUAAGCGCUAUAAAGGAGGACGUUUUAGCACUCUGAAAUCACUUCAAUGCCACAGUGAUUUUUUCUGCCAUCACUGAGCGGUGUGUGUGGCGGUGGGGUGAAGGGCGGAAGAUAAACAA